CACAGUGGCAAGUUAGUGCUGUUAUUAAUUCACUCACCUAUUAUGUAGAAAGUGAUAAAACUUCAUCAGUUAUCACUUACUGAGUCGAAGGCAAAUAUAAUUACUCGGACAUCAGCUGAUAUUAACGAUUAAGAGGACAGCCUGUUAAUAAAGAAGGCCAGGAUUAAUAAAGAGGAGGCCAAGUUGUAUUGGCAAGAAGCCAGGGCCCUUAUUCUUAAACUUGUGCUCAAAGUUACGUAUGCGCACGUUGCGAACAGUGAAAAUACGUAUAAAUAAUAAUAAUAAUAAUAAUGCGUAUUCUUUAACAUUAUUUUGUGAUAUUCGCAAUCGGAAACGUAUACGUUUCUCAUUGCACUGAAUUCGAUUUGGCAACACCGGAAAUGUAAAUACUUUUUACAAACAUUGUGUUCAGUGUUUAUAGUUUGGCAUUCUAUACAUUUAUUUGAGAUGCAUAGCUUACGCGGAAAGAAAAGAAGUGCUAAUAUCACAAAACGAGCAAAGAAAUCUUUUAGUAGAAUACGUAUAAACACCCAGAGUUAAUAAGAAGAAAAUUUUCAAUCUCAUUUACAUUAAAAGAUUCAAUAAAUUUAUGGAAUGAUAUAACAGACAUUUUAAAUGUAGUAGGUGGAACUAACAAAAAUUGAAAAGGUUAACGUGAGUGCUGGCAUAUAGUUCUAGUCAAGAAGUAAGAAAAAACAUACUGCUAUGAAGCAAGCUGUAUCAGCAACAGGAAGUGGUGUAAACAAUACAGAAGUAUUAAUACCGGAAGAAGAGCAAAUUCUUGAUAUUAUGUGUCCACCGAGUGUGAAUGGACAUCCUGAUAUAUUUGAAUCGAAUGAUGAUUCAAUGGAAGUGGAAUAUUUGAAUGAAUAUGAAAAAGAAGUAUCAAAGAUUCUUAAUUGUACAGAUUCGAAUAGCAUUUCCAACAGCACGUUAUCUUUACAAAAGCGAACAACUGUUACCGACAAGGAAUAUAAUAAAUGUCAAGAGUGGUUUGAUGGAAAAUAAAAUAUAGAUAGCAACGAUCCAAAUAUUCAACAGCCUGCCAAAUUACAAACCAAAUUAAAAACUUGUUAUAAAUCCGUUAAAUAAUACAAAUUCUUUUAAUUGUUAUAAAAGUAAACAGGAUAAGACAACUCCAAUACAGAAAAAAGGAAUGACAGAUGCAAAACAGAAAUUACAAAAUACUAUUGAAGUAUCAUCAAAAUUGAAUGACGCUUAUGAAAAGACAUAUAUUUAAAAAAAAUUAUUAUGAGGCUAGGUUAGAAUAUUUAAAAAGGUCGGCUGAAGCAAAUGAAAAAAUAGCCAAUAUUAUGGAACAAUAUAUGAGAUUAAAA